AUGGCUCCAGCAGCAGCGGAGUCCGCAUCGCCCAUUGGCAUUGCCAAUCUGCCCAACCAGCGACACAAGAUCGUCGCAAAGAGAGGCGCUGCUUUCACCAUCAUGGUGGCUGGCGAGUCGGGCUUGGGCAAGACCACCUUCAUCAACACUCUCUUCUCUACAACCAUCAAGAACUAUCAAGAUCACAAGAGGCGACACGCGAAGCAAGUUGAUAAGACGGUGGAGAUCGAAAUCACAAAGGCCGAGUUGGAGGAGAAGUUCUUCAAAGUCCGUCUCACCGUCAUUGACACUCCUGGUUUUGGUGACUAUGUCAACAACCGUGACUCCUGGAUGCCCAUCAUCGAAUUCCUCGACGACCAGCAUGAAUCCUACAUGUUGCAAGAGCAACAGCCCCGACGACAAGACAAGAUUGAUCUCCGUGUCCAUGCUUGCCUUUACUUCAUUCGACCCACCGGCCAUACCUUGAAACCCUUGGAUAUCGAGGUCAUGAAGCGGCUAUGCACACGCGUCAACUUAAUCCCGGUUGUUGCAAAGGCUGACACCCUUUCCCCGGCUGACCUCGCCCGCUUCAAACAUCGCAUUCGAGCUGUGAUUGAAGCUCAAGGCAUCAAGAUUUACCAACCUCCGAUUGAAGAUGACGACGAGGCCGCGGCACAACAUGCUCGUGCUCUUAUGGCAGCUAUGCCAUUUGCUGUCAUUGGCAGUGAGAAGGAUGUCAAGACUUCCGACGGUCGCAUUGUCAAGGGCCGGCAGUAUGCUUGGGGUGUGGCCGAAGUGGAGAAUGAAGAGCACUGUGACUUCAAGAAACUCCGGUCGAUCCUCAUCCGAACCCACAUGCUCGACCUCAUCCACACCACUGAAGAGAAUCAUUACGAGGCCUACCGUGCGCAGCAGAUGGAGACGAGGAAGUUUGGCGAGGCCAGGCCGAGAAAAUUGGACAACCCCAAGUUCAAGGAAGAGGAAGAAGCACUCAGGAAGAGAUUCACCGAGCAGGUCAAGGUGGAAGAACAGAGAUUCAGGGCAUGGGAGCAGAAGUUGAUUGGUGAAAGAGACCGCCUGAACAAGGACCUGGAGGCAACUCAUGCUGCAAUCAAGCAAUUGGAGCAGGAACUGGAACAGAUGCAAGGCAGUGCCGUGAGGAGCCAUGGUCGCCGCUAG